AUGUAUUCACUAUCAAACAGUGUUUGCACUUCCAUUAACAUCAACAACAAAGUCAUUUGCAAUGUUCAAAACAGACUUCUGAUUCCCGGUUCCUACCGCGACCCGUACGGCGGAUCCGGAGGCAGUUAUAACUCACGUAAAGAGCGUGAAGCAAUGCUGUUGGGCAACCCUGUGGAGUCCGUUGACGGCCGUACGGUGCACACUGCUUUGACAUACGGCGAAAAAGUCGAGGAAUACAACCAGCGCUACGCCUACAUGAAGUCUUGGGCUGGACUUUUACGUAUUCUUGGUUGCGUCGAGCUGCUUCUUGGAGCAGCGAUUUUUGCAUGCGUUUGUGCUUACAUUCAUAAAGACAAUGAGUGGUAUAACAUGUUUGGAUACUCGCAGCCUGGUGGGGCUUACGGAGGAGGUUACGGAAGUUACGGAGGUUAUGGAGGCGGUUAUGGCAACGCCAACUACACCGGACCAAAGACGCCGUUCAUCCUUGUGGUGGCGGGAUUGGCGUGGAUAGUGACUGUUAUCAUGCUUGUCUUGGGAAUGACCAUGUACUAUCGAACUAUCCUUCUGGACUCAAAUUGGUGGCCUUUAACGGAGUUCUUCAUAAACCUGGCUCUUGCGCUCUUGUUUUUGGCGGCUGGUUGCGUGUACGUAAAUGACACUAUUCGAGGUGGACUCUGCUACUAUCAGUACUUCAAUAAUGGCAUCAAUGGCGCUUUCUGUCGCACUGAGGCUGGGCAGACGGCCGCUAUAAUUUUCCUGUUCUUCACCAUGAUCGUGUACUUGGUCGGAGCCAUAGUGUGUCUAAAACUGUGGCGGCACGAAGCGGCUCGACGACUACGAGAACGUAAUGGGCAGGAGAUGCAGCCAAGAGAUUCUCCUUCUGCUGUGCAUUUGGUUGUUGAUGGUUCAAGGGAGCCGAUGGCAGUCUCCGCGCCGGUACAGCACACACACACUGCCGCCCCUGCCGUCGCCAAGCCCAAAGUUGUGAAAGGGCAUAUUCCAGCUGGACACGCUCCUAAACCUGUGAUCAUGCCGGACUACAUCGCUAAAUAUCCAGCUAUCCGAACAGACGAGCAGCGGGAUCAGUAUAAAGCCGUGUUUAAUGACCAGUAUUCUGAGUAUAAAGAGCUGCAUGUAGAAGUUCAAGCGAUUCUGAAGAAGUUUGAUGAAAUGGAUGUGAUGAUGCAGAAUUUACCGCAAAAUCCCACCAGCCAUAUGGAGCGUGAUCGCAUCAACAAAAUCCUGCAGGAAUAUCAGAGGAAGAAGAUGGAUCCUUCAUUUUUGGAGAAGAAGGAAAGAUGUGAAUACUUGAAGAACAAACUCUCGCACAUCAAGCAGAGGAUUCACGAGUACGACAAAGUCAUGGGCUGGAACGAUGGUUACGGCUGAAACGGGCAGCACUAGAUUCAAACCUGCUGUGAUGGUCCUUCAUUUUCACGCCAGGACAUCGUAUUACACUGAACAUGUGACCACUGUAUUUGCAGAGCCAUGCUGGUCUGGAUUUAUAUUACAAACAGUAAUCCAAUGAGGGAUCGAUAACUUGCAUGCUCUUAAUGUACACGCUGAGUCUUGAGCACUGACUGAAAAUACUUUUUUAUUUUAUAUUUCAUAAUGCUGACUAAAAGUGCAUGAAUGUUUAAAGAAAUACUCUGUGUUGUCUGUGUAUGUAUGCAGAACUGCUGUUUUUUUUUUUUUUUACUGAAGUUUAUUUUAAUGAUUGUAUGCACGGUUCAAUUCAUUUUUCUGCUACUGUGUAUUUGAUCU